AUGUACAAGGUGGGCAAUAUCUAUGCCAUAACAGCCGUGGCUGUGAUUGGAGGCGGGCUCUUUGGCUUCGAUAUCAGCUCCAUGUCCGCAAUCAUCUCCACGCCAUCCUACCUAUGUUAUUUCAAUCAAGGGCCCCUGGGUCCACCCUACUCCGAUGAUCUCAACUGCUCCGGUCCUACCGCUUCCACGCAAGGCGGAAUCUCAGCAGCGAUGCCCGCUGGCUCAUGGCUCGGAGCUCUCAUCUCUGGCUACCUGAGCGAUAUCCUAGGUCGCAAAAAGUCCAUAAUGAUUGGAUGCAUUAUCUGGUGUAUUGGUUCGGCCAUCAUUUGCGCUUCUCAAAACAUUCCAAUGCUCGUCGUUGGUCGCAUCAUCAACGGCUUCUGCGUCGGCAUCGAAUCGGCUCAAGUCCCCGUCUACGUAUCUGAAAUCGCUCCCCCUUCCAAACGAGGCAGACUGGUUGCUUUUCAACAGUGGGCCAUUACUUGGGGUAUCUUGAUCUUGUACUACAUCUCCUAUGGUGCAUCCUUUAUUGGAGGAACCACCUCGCAGGAUUACAGCACCACCACUUUCCGCCUUCCUUGGGGUUUGCAGAUGUUACCAGCAGUCUUACUGUUCUUCGCCAUGUUCCUCCUGCCCGAGUCUCCUCGAUGGCUUGCGAGGAAAGACCGAUGGGAGGAAUGUCAUGGAGUCCUCAUUCUAGUGCACGGAAAGGGAGAUCCCAACAGCCCGCUUGUAUCCCAGGAGCUCGCUGAAAUCCGCGACAUGUGUGAGUUCGAAGCGAGGAACUCGGAUGUUACUUACUGGGAACUGUUCACGCCGAAGCUAUUCAAUCGCACGCACAUCGGUAUCUUCACACAGAUCUGGUCCCAGCUCACCGGCAUGAAUGUCAUGAUGUACUACAUCACCUACGUAUUCGCAAUGGCAGGCUACGAGGGCAAUGCGAACCUUCUCGCCAGCUCAAUUCAAUACAUCAUCAAUGUCCUGAUGACGAUUCCAGCGCUAAUCUACCUGGAUCGCUGGGGUCGUCGUCCAACGAUGCUGGUCGGGGCAGCUUUGAUGAUGAUCUGGAUGUUUACUAAUGCUGGGAUCUUGGCCACGUAUGGAGAAGUAGUCCCUGGCGGUGUCAACGGAAUCGCAGCCGCUUCCAUGCAAGUUUCUGGAGCACCUGCAAAGGGCUUGAUCGCUUCGACAUAUCUGUUCGUCGCUAGCUUUGCAUGUACAUGGGGUCCGACGAGCUGGGUAUACCCCCCUGAACUCUACCCCCUCCGUGUCCGCGGUAAAGCCGUCGCACUCGCAACAAGCGCAAACUGGGCCUUCAACACAGCCUUGGGAGCAUUUGUCCCCGAAGCUUUCGUCAACAUCCGCUGGCAAGUCUACCUGAUCUUUGGAGUUUUCAACUUGGCCAUGUUCAUCCACGCGGCGUUGCUCUUCCCAGAAACCGCUGGUAAGACGCUCGAGGAAAUUGAGCUCAUGUUUGAGGAUCCUCGGGGUAUUCCGGGGAUUGGAACGAGGCCUUGGACGACCAAGGUUCAGACUCAACAUGCUCUUGCUUUGGAGCGUGGGGAGAGGAAUGCGAGGAAGUUGCAGGGGGAGGAUUCUGAGUAUGUUGAGGAGAGAGGUCAGGAGAAAGUAUGA